UGAGUGCUACGCGCAGGCGCCAGCGCAGGUUGCAGCAGCAGCGCAUUGCCUCUGCUGAUGCCGUAGUCGUCCUGCCCCUCCCCCGUCCCAGCUCGGAGGCCGUGCUCCAGGCCGGUUGCUCCACCCCCACCCCGGCUCCCGGGACUGGACUCCGCGACCCUGUCCUCGGCUCUGUCCGCGCGGAAGCAGCCCGGGACUGCGCAGCGCCCCGCUUGCCGACAUGGGAAAGUCUCUUUCUCAUUUGCCUUUGCAUUCAAGCAAAGAAGAUGCUUUUGAUGGAGUCACAUCUGAAAAUAUGAGGAAUGGAUUGGUUAAUAGUGAAGUCCAUAAUGAAGACGGAAGAAAUGGAGAUGUCUCUCAGUUUCCAUAUGUGGAAUUUACAGGAAGAGAUAGUGUCACCUGCCCUACUUGUCAGGGAACUGGAAGAAUUCCUAGGGGGCAAGAAAACCAACUGGUGGCAUUGAUUCCAUAUAGUGAUCAGAGAUUAAGGCCAAGAAGAACAAAGCUGUAUGUGAUGGCUUCUGUGUUUGUCUGUCUGCUCCUUUCCGGAUUGGCUGUGUUUUUCCUUUUCCCUCGCUCCAUCGACGUAAAAUACAUUGGUGUAAAAUCAGCCUAUGUUAGUUAUGAUGUUCAGAAACGUACAAUAUAUUUAAAUAUCACAAACACACUAAACAUAACGAACAAUAACUAUUAUUCUGUCGAGGUUGAAAACAUCACUGCCCAAGUUCAAUUUUCAAAAACAGUUAUUGGAAAGGCACGCUUAAACAACAUAACCAAUAUUGGUCCACUUGAUAUGAAACAAAUUGAUUACACAGUACCUACUAUUAUAGCAGAGGAAAUGAGUUAUAUGUAUGAUUUCUGUACUCUGAUAUCCAUCAAAGUGCAUAAUAUAGUACUCAUGAUGCAAGUUACUGUGACAACAACAUACUUUGGCCACUCUGAACAGAUAUCCCAGGAGAGGUAUCAGUAUGUCGACUGUGGAAGAAACACAACUUAUCAGUUGGGGCAGUCUGAGUAUUUAAAUGUACUUCAGCCACAACAGUAAAAACUGUAAGAGAUGGAUUUAAAGAAGAAAUAUCUAUUGAUAUUUCCUAUACUCUCAAUGAAGAGAUAUUUCCUAAUAGGAGAUCUUAAAUUGAACAAACCUAAAGUUUACACUUCUAUUUUAAGAGUACAGUUAAAAAUAUGUGGACCUGCAGUUCUUGUAACUCUCCACUCUGUGUUAAUGAUGUAUUUGUACUAGGAUCUUUUACUUGAAUCUGAAGUUACUGGUUGAUUUCCUUCCGCAGCUUGUCCCCUACAGGGAAAAGCUGAGACUUCCGCUGUAGGACAAUAGUUAUAUAAAAGUCAUAGCUCAAGUCACUACUGAAAACACAAUUUUGGUGAUGAACAUAAUUUGAGAAACUUAAUUUCUGAAUGUUUUUAUAGAAAAUUACCAAAAGUCUAUUAUUCAUGGAAAACUUUUAAAGAAUAACCUUUUUUCCUGUUUUAUAAAUUCCCAUUGUUAUAUGGUAGUAUUUCAGCUACAAAAUAUUUUAGCUUUUAGCUAAACAUUUAUAGCUUUUCAUUUGUUGAAACUGUAAUCAUCUGCAUGUUUUUGUGACGUAUUUCAAGUUAGUGAUUGCCUAACACUUAUAAGCCAAAAUAAUCUUUGCAAAAUUCCAUACCUAAAAUUUUUGAAACACCCUAAAUAAUACGUUUUUACACAUCUUUCUGUAUUACUUACAGUGUUGUGAAAUCUUUGUGUGAUCUUCAGACAUUAACAUUUAAUGUACAAUACUGUAAAUAAACUGUGCAUGGCUUUCGUACAGCUUUAGUAAAUGUCAAAUAAAGUGGUACAGAUUCAUUAAAACAAGUUUCUCAUAAAAAUAUAAUAAAUAGGAAAAUAAAAUUAAGAAACCCAUAGAAUGGGAAUAGGUUCCAAUUACAUGUUGGAUCUGGCAUAUAAAAUAAAUUUGAAAUCAAAUGUUUUGAUGCUCCAUUUUUUUAUGUUGCUUUUCAUACUAAAGAAUGGUGUAGACAUGUUUUACAACUGUUAGAUACCCAAUUACCAAUUUUAUGACUUUUUCAGAUGAGAAAAUUAUUUCUUUUGACAGAAGUUGCUCAAGAAGUUCUGUCAUUAAAUGAAGCUGGCUAUAUCCAAAUAAAGCCUAUUUAGAAAUUUAAUCACUUUGCACAUCAUUUGGAAUAUGCUGUCUCUAGUAGUUAUUUUUUAUAGUUUUCUACUUUUGGUUUUGAUUUUAUUUAAAAUUGUUUUCAAAUGUAGAUUAUUGACUUAUUUCAGCAUUUUGUAUUUUCAGUAUCAUUUUUCAUUUGUUUUUAUUUUUUUGUCUUUUCACUUACCAAGUUCUAGGGACAUUUAAAAUAUAUAUCACUAAGUGUAAGAGUGAUUAUGAUACCAAAAAAAAAGUAGGUGCGUUGAGAUUAAUUUCUUCCUAUUUUCUAGUGACAGAAAUCAGGUUUCCCUUUCCCCAUCCCUAAGUGCCUAACUUAGGUGUGAAACAGCCUGUUUAUCAGUCUGACUCUCUCAACCAUAAAACGUAGCUGUAUUUGUUUAAUUCUGCCUUUAAACACAUUCGGGUUUCCCCUUAUUUGUUAUAUUAUUUUCUCCAAGUUUUCCUGCGUGAAUCUUAAAUGAGUCAAAUGUGCUUUUUUUUUUUUUUUAACUAGUCUUUCCUUAAUUCAUUGCUAACUCAAACCAUUCUUACUAUUAAACUCAAGUCAAUUAUUUAAGUUCAUUAUGGCCUUUCUAGUAAAAGAAAAAAAAUCGUUAUUUUCAUUUUUCUUCUGCUAUGUUUUCUGACUACUACCAUUUUCGUUAAUACUGCAUACCUCUCUGCUACAUUGAUUGUAUUUUUUAUAUCUUUCUCAUUUUCUCAUUUUGACAUGAUCUAUGUCUAUGUAUGAUGUAGGUUCCAUUUUGUCUCAAAAUUUUUUUAUUAUGUGACUUCAAAAAUCACCUGUAUCCAUAGUAGGGCUUCCAAAUCUGCUUUCUUAUAUGUGAACAGUCUUCUGCCUGCUUUCACAUUUAUCUACUUAACUACACUUUUACUAAAAUGAGUAAAUUUUACACAUUAGUGACUGGGUAAAAUAAAAAAAAAAUGUUAAAGACAUUUUAUCAUAUCCUUUCUAUUAUGUGCCUACCCUGUCCUCAUGUCCCAUUUACUUCAUUAUCACCAUUCCUUUCUUCAGAAUUAUCUUUUAGAUAUGCUCAUACAUAAAUCACUCCUUGUUUUCUUGCUUGUGUCUUUUAACCUUGGAAAAUUACAUUGUAUAAAUUAAACAGAUUUUUCUCAUGAUCUGAGCUUCUUAGAUCCUAUUAGAAUAUGUACACAGUAUCUCCUGAAAAGGAUGGAAAGUAGAAGAAACAUUUGCUUUUAGUCACUUAGGUUUGAAUCUUUUUUCUUCAUCUUUUGAAUUAAAUUUUUUUAACUACAUCUAGUUUCAGUGGAGUUUGAGUCAAAAAAACAAAGAAUUUGAAACAAGUAAAAAGGUAGAAGAGAAAUAUAAGAUGGCAUGUGACUACUUUCAGAGAGAGUUAAGUAACUGUCAGAGUAAGUUGGGAACAAAACAGGUUGUAAAUUAAUAGAACUACAAAUACACAUUCAGGUGAAGCAGACGUAUAGCCAUAAAAAAUCUAGAAAGAGUGAGUGAGGCUUUUAGCUUUUCGUAGGUCAAUGUCCAGUGUGAUUUCUUCCAUGGGAAUAGGAUAGAUAUCAGUACACUUUUCUAAACUGCUUUCAGACUUUAUUUAGAGGACAUGACAAAGGUGUGUUACAGAAAUUUUUCUGAUACUUCCUGGACCAACUUUCUUUUAAAUUACACCCUAGUAGACUGGUCAUUCUAACACAAUCCAGUACUAUAGCCAACCUCUGUAUGUUGAUAGCACAUUGGCCCUUUUUAGAGUUCUUUCCUAUGUUUUCAUGAUUUUCCACAGUCCCAUGAGUCAAACAAAGUAGGGUGAUGGGCUCCUUAUUUUUUAUAAAAGGAAGUAAAGGCAUGAAGAAUUUGAAGGACUGGCUGAAGAUCACAUUUUUAGUAAGUAGUAUAAUUGGAGCCAGACCUAGUUUCUCUGUCUCCCAUAUCUGUGUUCUAUCAUUUAAAAUACAUAUUGGAAAUCCCUGCUGACUCAGAUUGGUAUGAUUAAAAAUUAGAGGAAAAGUUCAAAUACUAGUGACAAUACUGCUAAUACUGCUGGGCUAAGAUUUUGGUAGCAUUAAGUUGCUUUGUAAAGUAUUUUAAAUGGAGAAUGAACACUUGUAAAAGGCUUUGGAAUAUAAUCUGUAGCUUAAUUUUCUGUUAAAAUUUAGUGCCUCUUCAUCAUUCCAAUAAAGACUGAUCCAUUGUCAGAGCAAAUUAUCUAUAAAUAAUAGAGAUUAAUAUAUUUGAGAUAUGAAAUAGGAAUAGUAUAAAAAUGUUAGAUACCACAUAAAUUGCUUGAAAUUACUAAACCAUCCUUAUUAUGAAACAUUUAAAUGACUGUAUUUAUUUGUGUACAGCUUUUCUGUGCCUUUUUUGUUUAGACCAAUGAAGCAAUUAUUUUCUCUGAAAGUAUCAUGACAGUAAAAUAUAGCACACUUCAGAUUGUCUGAUUUACAGUUUGGAAAGAACAUUGCAGUGUUCAAAUUGGUAAGAGAUGACGAUCAAAAACACAAUUAAAGUAACAUAUUAGGAGACUUGAAACUUUCGCCUAAUCCUUCAUGGUUCUUAAUCUUAUUAUUGUGAUAUAAUUCUAGAUAUUUUCUUGCAGGACAUUUGCCCAACUCUCCCCUACUCCACUUUGUUUGUCUUUUAAAGCUCUUACAAUAAACAGUUUAUAUAAUAUUUUAUUUAAGAAAACAGUUACUUUUUAAAAGAUGCAAAUUUUUAAAUUUACAAAUACAUAUGGGUCUUUGAUAAGCAAUAUGAAUUGAAUUUCAAGUUAUUGGGGUUGUAAGCAAAAGGUUGCUUACCAUUAUGUCAUUAGGUCAUGAUUUUUAGCUCACAUCUGGAAGCAGCAACUACUUGGUUCAAGUACAUAUAAGAGUAAUUAGUUUUAUUUCUUCUCCCUUUUUUAUAAAAUCAGGUUUCAGAUGAGAUGUUUAUUUUAGACUAUUUUCUUUUAGGAAAAAUUUUACAUAUUUGAGAUGGUGGAGUAAAAAGACUGCUAAACAUUUCUUUUAAAAAAUUAUUUUUACAUUACAACAAUAUAUUUAUGGUGAGUUUACAUCAAAAAUUUAACUUCUGUAUCUCAGAUCUACUUAUUUCAAAGUGAAAUUUUCACUUGUCAGCUGAAAUUUGUAACUAGAACUAACAUCUGUGUAUUUUUGUGCCGAGUCAGAAUACAGAUUUCACAGUGGAUUUUUGAAGUUCGUCCUUAAAUUGGAUAAAAUCAAGUGAUUAAAGUUACUAAAGAGAUAAAAAUGGUAAUUUCCAUUUUUAAAACUAAUUUGAUUGUGUUUGUCUGUUUAUCACAGACUCUAAAUUGAAAAAUAUAGUAUGAUCUAUAUUUGACUAUAAAAAUCUUCCAUAAAUUAAUUUAACAAAUAUAUGGCAAAUGUUUCAUAACUAACUCUGAGUCUUCUAAAAGGAAGCUGUUACCUUCUGUUUAAUUACAUUAAUUGAAAUGUGUUUAAGAGAUAUGAUUUCAGCAUAUUUUGUAUAUUAAAAAAAAAAAAAAAGGAUUAGUAUUGGGCCAAUGGCCAAAGGGUAAUAUUACUACCAUGUAGACUGUUAUAGUUCAAAUUGUCCCACUUCCCCCAGAAUUUUAGAAACUAGAAGUCUGGGAGAUACUAUAUCAGCUGUAGUUGGAUAAUUCCAAGUGCUGAUAGUAUUAUUCAUCUUUUUUAUUACUGUGUCAGAUGAAACAAAUGCCAAGUUCCAAAAGAUGCAGAUUUUUAUCAUAUAAUGAUUUUAGGCAUAAAUUAUCAACAAGCCAUGCCUUGUAUGUUUUGUCUUAUAUUUAUCUUUAGAACUAAACUGUGAACGAGUUUGGAAAAUGAUUUGACAUGCUUGCGCACGUGAUCCACUUGGUCAGAUAUUUGAAUGAUGGUAUUACCUAGAUUCUAAUCUUUGAUUCUUAUUAUAUAAUAAAUAAUAACAUAGAAUGUGAAAAUAGGUUUGGACACUUACUGUUUAUACUAUAUAAUGGCCUCCAUCAUGACACAUUUACUACAUUUAUGAAUUAAGCAGUUCUGUAAUUGUAAUUGUAAUUAUUAUUGCUGUUCAUGUAACAAAACAUGCUUAUGAUAGUAGCAAACAAAUAGAAAUGUCCCCAAAAUGCUAUUUUUUUAAUUGAGUUGUAAGUUACUCUUGUAAUUGUGUAUGACACAAUAAAAUUUGUAAAAAAUUUUAGCAUGAAAAAUAAAAUUUGUAUCACUCAUGUA